UGAAGCCACCAUUAUGUCCUCAGUCAGUGAAGUAAAUGUUGAUAUCAGAGAUUUCCUAAUGAGCAUUAAUUUGGAGCAGUAUCUCCUAUGCUUCCGCGAGUUUGGUUUUGAUACUGUGAAGGACUGUGCGGCAGUCAAUGACAGCGUGCUGCACAAAAUUGGAAUAUCACCUACAGGACACCGGAGGAGGAUACUGAAACAGUUGCAGAUAAUCUUGUCAAAAAUGCAAGAUAUCCCAAUAUAUGCAAAUGUUCAUAAAACAAAGAAGGACGAUGAGACUUCAAAGAUUCCCCAUGCUCCAUUCUCUGAUGGGAGUAACUCCGUAGACCUUUCAGAUGCAGGUGGUAUUCAGGCACCUAGCCCAACGCAGUGGGAGACUGUUACCAAAACUCUUGAUCAAAAUGAUGUUAGUGUAGAAAAUAGCCAGUCUCUUAAAUCAGAUGAUAAGCUGUCUCUUCCUAAACACAACUUUCCCCUUCCAGAAGAAGAACCACACCCAAGUUUGAAUUCUUUUCAGCAUACUUUAUUUGGUAGUGAAAAUAUUAAAGGAGAAUCUUUGAUUACAGAGAUAACUAUGGAUUGCACAAUCGAAGAGCAACAAACAAACAGAGCUGAUUUGAUCUCAGAAAAUGUGAGCCAGCUUCCUGAUGUGGGCUCUGAAUGCCUUUCUUCCCUCCGCCCGUCAGUAUCAGAGGCAAAUUCUGGAAGUGGAACUAAUGGUUUAUUAGAAAGAUCACUGCCAUCCCCAUUCUUUCAAUUUCAAGGAGAGAUGGUUGUAAAUGAUUUGUAUGUUCCAUCGUCACCAAUCCUAGCACCCAUGAGAAGCCGUAGCAAGCUGGUUUCAAGACCAUCUAGAUCUUUUCUGCUAAGACAUCGUCCUGUACCAGAGAUUCCAGGGUCUACAAAAGGAAUUUCAGGGAGCUAUUUCCGUGAGAGAAGAAACAUUGCUACCUCAACUGGAAAGUCUGUGACACAGGAAAAUUCAAAGGAGGAAAAUUCAUCUUCCAUUUUUCCUUAUGGAGAGACCUUUCUCUUCCAGAGACUAGAAAAUUCCAAGAAGAGAUCUAUAAAGAAUGAAUUUUGGACCCAUGAAGAAACACUCAAAGGGGAAACAACUACUGAAAAAAACGCUUUUCUUGUGAAAUCAAGCAUAUAUGAUAACAGGAAGGAGGAGAAUAUAAGCGAAGACAAAGCAGAAGAUAUUUGGAUACCUCGAGAGGACAAAGUUAAUUUUCCAGUAGACUCUGCUUCAGAAUCAGAAUAUUCAACAGUAGAAGAAUGCUUUCAGAGUUUAAGAAGAAAAAAUUCAAAGGCAUCUAAAUCUAGGACUCAAAAAGCAUUGAAUUUGGACCCUGUUAAUAGGCACAGUUAUCCGUUAAGCUCAACAAGUGGAAAUACUGAGUCCUCAAUCGUUUCCUCAAAUGCAAUAUCUCCCUAUGCCUGUUUUUAUGGGUCCUCUGCAAGGAAGGUUAAAUCCGGAUGGCUAGACAAACUCUCCCCUCAAGGAAAACGCAUGUUUCAGAAGAGAUGGGUGAAAUUUGAUGGCCUUAGCAUUUCUUAUUACAAUAAUGAGAAGGAGAAGUAUUCAAAAGGAAUAAUUCCUCUUUCUGCUAUAUCUACGGUACGAGUUCAAGGAGACAACAAAUUUGAAGUUGUUACAACACAAAGAACUUUUGUUUUUAGAGUAGAAAAAGAAGAGGAGAGAAAUGACUGGAUCAGCAUACUGUUAAAUGCACUGAAAUCACAGUCCCCUGCCUUGCAGUCUCAAGCAGCUGCUGCACCUGAGAAAUGUGGAUAUCUUGAAUUGAGAGGGUAUAAAGCCAAAAUUUUUACUGUGUUAAGUGGAAACAGCGUGUGGCUUUGCAAAAAUGAACAGGAUUUUAGGAGUGGACUUGGUAUUACCAUAAUUCCUAUGAAUGUUGCAAAUGUAAAGCAAGUGGUCCGAACUGUAAAACAGUCUUUUGAAAUAAUCACUCCCUACAGGAGUUUUAGCUUUACAGCCGAGUCUGAAAAAGAGAAACAAGAGUGGAUUGAAGCUGUGCAGCAAUCGAUAGCAGAAACUCUCUCUGAUUAUGAAGUAGCUGAGAAGAUUUGGUUCAAUGAGUCCAACAGGAGCUGUGCAGAUUGCAAAGCCCCGGAUCCUGACUGGGCAUCCAUCAAUCUCUGUGUUGUCAUCUGUAAGAAGUGUGCAGGACAACAUAGAUCUUUAGGUCCAAAAGAUUCCAAGGUUAGAAGUCUGAAAAUGGAUGCCAGCAUUUGGAGCAAUGAACUCAUUGAGCUCUUUAUUGUCAUUGGAAACAAAAGAGCAAAUGACUUUUGGGCUGGUAAUCUUCAAAAAGAUGAAGAAUUACACAUGGACUCACCCGUAGAAAAGAGAAAAACCUUUAUCACUCAGAAGUACAAAGAAGGAAGAUUCAGGAAGACUCUACUAGCGUCUCUCACCAAAGAAGAAUUAAAUAAGGCUCUGUGUGCUGCUGUAGUGAAACCAGAUGUUUUGGAAACAAUGGCUUUGCUCUUCAGUGGAGCCGAUGUCAUGUGUGCAACUGGAGACCCUGUGCAUAGCACCCCCUAUCUGCUGGCCAAGAAGGCGGGGCAGAGCCUGCAGAUGGAGUUUCUCUACCAUAACAAAUUCUCGGAUUUCCCUCAACAUGACAUUCACUCUGAAGGUGGAUUAGGUCAAGAGCCUUCCCAAUCCAUGUUCCUCUGUGACUUUUUGUAUCAGGCUUCUGCCGCUGCUUCUAAACUUUCUACAGAGAAAAAACUGCUUGAAGAGACAAAUAAAAAGUGGUGUGUUUUCGAAGGAGGCUUCUUGAGUUACUAUGAAAAUGAUAAGUCUACCACACCUAAUGGCACCAUUAACAUCAGUGAAGUUAUCUGCCUGGCUGUCCACAAAGAGGACUUCUAUUUAAAUACCGGGCCCAUCUUUACCUUUGAGAUCUAUUUACCCUCAGAACGUGCAUUUUUAUUUGGAGCAGAAACAUCUCAAGCUCAAAGAAAAUGGACAGAGGCAAUAGCCAAGCAUUUUGUUCCCUUUGUUGCUGAAAACUUAACAGAAGCUGACUAUAAUUUGAUUGGUCAACUCUACUACAAAGACUGCCAUACCCUGGAUCAGUGGAGAAAAGGCUGGUUUUCUAUGGACAAAUCUAGUUUGCGUUUUUGCCUUCCAAUGCAAGAAGUUCAGGAACAUAGAAUGCACUUAAGAAGACUGCAAGAGCUAACAAUCAGCACAGUGGUUCAAAAUGGGGAAAAAAUAGAUGUCUUGCUCUUGGUAGAAAAAGGGAGAACAUUAUACAUCCAUGGGCAUACCAAGUUGGAUUUCACAGUCUGGCAUACUGCAAUUGAAAAAGCAGCAGGUACAGAUGGUAAUGCAUUACAAGAUCAGCAGCUCAGCAAAAAUGACGUUCCCAUUAUUGUGAACAGCUGUAUAGCAUUUGUUACACAGUAUGGUUUAGGAUGCAAAUAUAUCUAUCAAAAGAAUGGUGAUCCUUUGCAUAUAAGCGAACUCCUGGAGAGUUUCAAAAAGGAUGCAAGGAGCUUUAAAUUGAGGGCUGGAAAACAUCAGCUUGAAGAUGUGACAGGCGUGUUGAAAAAUUUUCUCUCCGACAUUGAUGAUGCACUUCUUACUAAGGAGCUCUAUCCAUAUUGGAUCUCUGCUUUAGAUACUCAAGAUGACAAGGAAAGAAUUAAAAAGUAUGGGGCGUUUAUACGUUCUCUUCCAGGGGUCAACCGAGCAACGUUGGCAGCUGUAAUUGAACAUCUUUACAGGGUUCAGAAAUGCUCAGAAAUCAAUCACAUGAAUGCCCAUAAUUUGGCCUUGGUCUUUUCAUCCUGUUUGUUUCAAACUAAAGGACAAACUAGUGAAGAAGUGAAUGUAAUCGAGGACUUAAUUAAUAAUUAUGUUGAGAUAUUUGAGGUUAAAGAAGACCAAGUCAAACAAAUGGACAUAGAAAAUAGCUUUAUUACCAAGUGGAAAGACACUCAAGUUUCCCAGGCUGGAGAUUUGUUAAUUGAAGUGUAUGUAGAAAAGAAAGAACCCGACUGCAGCAUUAUAAUUCGGAUCUCUCCUGUGAUGGAAGCAGAGGAAUUAACUAAUGAUAUAUUAGCAAUAAAAAAUAUAAUUCCUGUGAAAGGUGAUAUCUGGGCCACAUUUGAAGUCAUUGAAAAUGAAGAGCUAGAACGCCCACUUCACUACACAGAAAAUGUGUUGGAACAGGUGCUUCGGUGGAGUUCACUAGCUGAACCUGGCUCUGCUUAUCUUGUGGUGAAGAGAUUCUUAACCAUUGACACAGUCAAUCACUAUAAUGAGAGGAGGGCCCUGGAAAGUAUCAAAGAAGGAGUCUUGAAAAUUAAAGAAGAACCAUCUAAAAUACUGUCUGGAAAUAAGUUUCAAGACCGGUAUUUUGUUUUACGAGAUGGGUAUCUCUUUCUCUACAAGGAUUCAAAGAGCAGUAAAUAUGAGAAAAUGUUUUCCCUCAGUUCAAUGAAGUUUUAUCUUGGAGUGAAAAGGAAAAUGAAGCCUCCAACAAGUUGGGGAUUGACAGCAUAUUCCGAAAAACAUCACUGGCACAUUUGUUGUGAUAACUUACAAACUCAGACGGAGUGGAUGGCCAGUGUCUUUAUCGCCCAGCAUGAAAAUGACAUAUUGCCACCAGCUGGAAAGGAACGAAAACGUUCUAUAACCAAAAAUCCCAAAAUCGGAGGUUUGCCUCUAAUUCCAAUCCAGCAUGAGAGAUGUGCAACCCAAGCCAGGAAAAAUAUUGAGAGUGCGAGAGCAGAGCUGGAACGGCUGAGGCUCAGUGAAAAGCGUGACCAAGAGCUUGGGGAUGGCAGCUUAAGGGAGAGAGCCUCCAUGGUGGCCCAGUGCCUGGAGCACAAGGACGAGAAACUUCGAACUAGAACCAGAAAACAUCGGAGUUUCAACUGUCUGGAGGACACGGAGGCUGAGGUCCUUCACGGGCAACAGAAAAGCCAGAAAGCCCCCAAGACAUGGAGGAAACCCGAGGACAGCAAUGGCAAAGCUGUUUUAGACUCUGAUAGUAAGUUACCAUCAAAGGUUAUUGAAGAACUUAGCCUGGUUCUGCAGCGGACAAGAGCCCUUCCAAAAGACUUACAGGGUGAGCAGGUCUUGCAGAAAGAGAUAAAAUAGUUUUGCAGAUUAUUUUUUUGUAAUAUUGUAUACAGUGUUUGCGUGCAAACCGGAAACCAAACAGUAAUUCAUGGUUUGUGAGAUUUGUCUAGCUAUACAUAAGCAUUUAAAUAGCAUUUUAAAAUGUAUAUGUACAUAUGUGAUGUGUAAGAUUAUGUUUUUGGCCUGAACAAAAUUUGUACCGUUUAAGUGUAUUAACCUUGUGUAAGAAGGCAUUGGGUUACUGUGAGUCAGCCAGGCUUUUACAGUAGUUGUCUGUUGAAUGGUGUAAUUUAUGAGCGGAAAUCUCAAACUGUACUGUAUUGUAUAAAACGUUUUAACUGAAGCCUAUGAAAUUAUAUGUAUCACAUUUUGCACUUUGAGAAACCUUGUAUAUUAAGUUACCAUAUGUUUUUAGGUUUACAUAGGGUCCACCAUAUGGAAAAGGGAAGUUGUAAAGAGGAAGGAUUUGUUUUAGUGGCUGCCUGUCAAACAUUGGAGUUUUCAAGUGAAGCAAGAGUUAACAAAAAACCAAGGAGGUCCAUUAAGAUUCAUUCUAGUUCACUAUGGACCAGAACUUAUUAAUGAGGAACUGCCUAUUAAGAAAAAAAGUCUAGUGACUGCUUCCCAAGGUAAUGUUCAGCCAACAAACACGAAUCAUGGCACUGGCCACACUUACUUAGGGUGUUAGGGAACCAUCCACGGUGUGCAUUCACUACUCUCUGGUUCUUCGCAGGUGGCUGCUGAGAAGAAACUUAACACUGCAUUGAAGACCUGGCAUGGUUGCCAUUUGCACUGACUGUUGCUCUGUACAUUUUUUUUUUAAUUCCUUACUAUGGAUUUUGUACAAAUUCAUUAUCACAGGGUUUUGUUACUGUGUUUUAAUUUUUUUGUCAUUGCUUUACCUUGUAUUUCAUUUCUUGUUAUUUUAAGUAAGGUUGUGAUCUCUUUCUCCACAACGUCGUAAUUAACUGGAAGUAUACAACAUAUGGCCAUUUUAGAGUGGGGGAUAGUUUACCCCACUUUUGGCAGCUUCCAGUUCACAUUUAAUCAGGUCUCUUUAAAAAAAAAAAAAAAGUCUCCUCCUGUGCCUAAUAAAUGAUAAAGCCCUCUGUUUUUUGCCUCCACAUUAGGGUCAGCUACUGAGUUGGUGGUUUUCCUCCAACAGACGAUACUGUCUAAGUAUAGUUCACUUUAGGGACAGAGCUUUUCAUCCAUUUCCUAAGAAUUUUAUUAGGUCUGAUGAGUUUUGAUUAAAAUUAUCUUAUAUAGCUAGGUCUUAUUUCAGCCACUUAUUUUACCCCCCUUUUCAGGGUCUUCUUCAGAAUCUGUUAUACGAAAGCCCAUACUUUUGUGAGUCCGGUCAUUGUAUAGGAAUGUACUCUUAAAUACUCUGAAUAUCUUCCUUGUAAAAUACUGAUCACUUCUAUUUGGUGGUGAUAAAAUAGUUUACCAUGGAGGUGUGAUAUUUAUUCUUUAAAUCUGUACUGAUUAGAA